AUGUUGAAAAACUACGCUAACAACACCAGAAAGAUCGGUAAUAUGAUCAGUCGAAAAGCAUUCCUGAUCAGAUGCCGAAGAAGAGGAGUAUUUCCGGCGCAUUUUGCAAAUAGUUUUCGUUUCACAUACCCGUUACUCGAAGAGAAUGGCCCAUUCUCCAACAAAGUGCAAAACUGCAUCACCAAAUUCAUGAAGACAAUACUCAACCUGGAAAUCAAACAAACGUUCCACAAAAUUCAAAUGUUUCGGAAGAGAUCAACAUCGCUGGCGGUUAACAUCCGGGCAUCCACAUUACCGGAAGCGCUAAUCAUGGACUUCUUUGAAAGUCAAGAGCGUUUUAACGAACGCAAUAUCCAGACAAGGACCAGCAGAACUAAACGAAAAUUCGAAAACAUCAUUUCAAGAAACAUACGAUCGUCACACAACGAGGAACUUCCGACACACAAUCCGAAAGCCAUGCAUAAUGGAACACAGUUGACCGUACCCCCCGAAACCGAGACGCUACUCAGCCUAGGUCCGAAGUUUGCGUUACCAAUAACCGGUGCAGAAAGUGUCCCGUUCUACCAUCUAAUGGCGGAUGUAGAACAAAUCAUCAAGACAAAUCCAACUGUGGAAAUACAAGAUCGCAACCGAAGUGCCGUUGCCAACGUGUUAUCGAAUUACAUUCAUAACAGCAGAAAUCGUUCAGGCCAUCUCGAUCCGGUGGCAAAAUUCUGUGAAAAGGCGCUAAAAAUCACCAGAAAGUUUUUGAAAGACAACCCGAAUGUCUACGUUGUCAGCUCGGACAAAGGCAACAAGACAGUUCUCAUGGAAGUGGAAGAAUACAAGAGGAAAAUGCUGGAGCUGCUACAAGAUCGAGAAACAUACAGCCCAAUCGCACGUGACCCGACAUCCCGUUAUGAGAAGCAAAACAACAGCAUAGUACGGCGACUCAAGGAUUUGAAGCUCAUCGACGACAAGACAGCGAGGCAUCUCACGGUUUACAACGCAGUAUGCCCAAGAAUCUACGGGCAACCCAAAGCACACAAACCAGGAUUACCAUUAAGACCUGUUGUGCCAAAUAUGUCGGCUCCAUCGUACAAUUUGUCCAAAUUCAUCGGAAAAAUCAUCCAACAGUCAUUGGUAAGCAAGUACAACAUUAAGGAUUCAUUCUCAUUUUGUGAAUUCAUUAAUAACAUUACCUUGCCGGAAAAUCACGUACUAAUAUCACUAGACGUGAAGGCACUGUUUACCUCGAUACCAAAAUCACUGGUAACAAGUGCCAUAAUUAUGAGGUGGGAUGAAAUCAGGCCAAACACAGACAUCUGUUUGGACCUGUUUCUAGAAACAAUGGAAUUUUGUAUCGAUGCCAGCUAUUUCAAAUUCAACGGUCAGUACUACCAACAAACUUUUGGAACAGCAAUGGGCAAUCCCCUCUCCCCUACAAUAGCGGAUUGGGUGAUGGAAUCGUUGUUGGACAACGUAGUUCAAAAGCUAAAAUUCCCACUUCCGUUCUUGCGAAAAUAUGUCGAUGAUCUAAUUACAGCAAUCCCGCUCAACCAAUUAAAACACGUGCUAGACAUUUUCAACAGCUAUGACGUCCACAUCCAGUUUACAUACGAACUGGAAGUGGAUAACAAACUACCCUUCUUGGACAUGCUCUUAAUCAGGCAGAGAAACCAAAAGGUAACAACGCAAUGCAUCUACAUCAAUUCUAUCGUUACACUCGUUAACAAAGACGAUGUACUUCGCAAACAAGCGGAGAAUUUCCACUCGCGCAGCUCUUCCAAUUCCUGGCAAAACAGGUCUCAUGAGGUCCUCGAACGACAGUCGCCUCCAACCAUUCGUGUAGCUGGCUAG